CCUUUAUUUGCUCUUUAAACUCCAGCUCCUCAUAACACAAUCAAACAACUCGUCUGUUGACACAUCAAUGUCAACUGAUUGAACGCGAUUAAAAACGGAGAACGUAAGACAAACGCGAAGAUGCUUCGCGGAUACGAGGGUGUGAGGUAUAUCUCCGACAAGCAAAUGGUAGUGUUCGACAUCGGUAGCGCGUACACGAAGUUCGGUUAUGCGGGAGAGACGUCCCCGCGUGGUAUUAUACGAACGGAGGUGAGAUGCUCGGAAUCCAAGAAGAUUCGCAAAAUCAUCGAUCACACUGACGUCGAGGACCUGUAUCAGCUUCUCGUGGAAUUCCUUCAUCUAUUGUUCUUCAAGUAUGUUGUGAUAAGCCCCAAAGAUGCAAGAAUACUGAUACUGGAGUCUCCACUGGCAGCGACACGAUUCAGAGACACCUUGGCUAAAGUAAUGUUUAGACACUUUGAAGUUGGCUCCAUGUUAUUUCUACCAAGUCAUCUGGCGACAAUUAGCACUCUUGGUAUCGACACGGCUUUAGUAUUAGAUGUCGGCUACCAAGAAGCUACUUUGAUUCCAAUCUUUGAGGGAAUACCAAUACUUAAGGCAUGGCAGGCAUUGCCUUUGGGUGGACAAGUUGUGCAUAACAACAUAAAAAAGUACUUUAAUGACACGUCAGCUGAUCUGGAUUUAUCUGAAAAAAUAUUGGAAGAUAUCAAAGUACGAACAUGUUUUGUAACUACAUUUGAGAGAUCUACAAAGUUAGAAACAGAAGAUGCUCCCGCUGCACCUCCUGCAGUCAAGUAUCCUGGUGUUACAAGCAUCUUGGUGCCCGGAGAAAUCAGGGAGAAAGCAUUUGAAAUACUCUGGGAGAGGGACAACGACAAUCUCUCCUUGUCAACCAUGAUACUUGAUGCCAUUGUCAAGUGCCCUUUGGACACGAGAUGCGUCUUGGCUGAAAAUAUAAUACUUGUCGGUGGGACGACGAUGGCGAAGGGUUUCGCGAGCCGUCUGAAGUCUGAAUUGUUGGCUUUAGUCAAGAGUGAUCUAUAUAAAAAUAAGUUGAAAGUGGAAUCGUUCGCGUUUCACAGAGCGCCUAGCAAACCAAACUACACUGUGUGGUUGGGCGGUGCUAUCUUCGGUACAACAGAUUUGCCGUUGCGAUGUUUAACAAAGGAGAUGUAUCUGAAGACGAGCCGGGUUCCCGAUUGGUGCAGUCUCGUGGACAAUCAGAAAGAUGAGACAUCGUACGAAGUAUGAGGAGUCUUACGAAUUAACGUUAAAAUUUUGUAAUCUAAUGUAUAGAAGGCGAAGUAAAUCGUUUUAUUUAUUAUGUCUCUCAGUCAA